AAGAACACUGUCGUAAUUUAAUUUGAAUCGCCGGCAACCAAGGAUAAAAUCACUUGUCAAUAAUAACGUCCAUGAGAGACAAUCAUUACGAUUGAAAUUGAAUUGACCAUGACUGAAGAAAUGGUUGUUUUUUGUUCUGUUUCAUUGGGAUCAUAAACCUUUUCAAACCCAACGGCAAUAUCAAGUCUACGUUCAAAACAUCCUACAAGCCUUCGGAACUCCCAAGGAAACAUAAGACCAAAAACAAGAAACAAAAUUUUAACAACAAAAACCAUGCUUAUUGCCAAAGAUUUGGCUCAUUUUCAGAUGAAUUUUCAGUUUUAGACUUAAUCGAAAAAAAUUGAGCUCAAGAUUUGUGUUGGGUUUGCGAAAAUUUGCUCAUUUUCAGACGAAUUUUCAGUUUUAGACUUCAUUGGAAAAUAUUGAGCUCAAGAUUUGUGUUGGGUUGCCAAAAAUUUGCUCAUUUUCAGAUGAAUUUUUAGUUUUAGACUACAUUGAAAAAAAAUUGAGCUCAAUUUGUUCUGUGUUGGGUCUGAGCUGUGAUGAAUAAUCGAGCAAUGGAAGUGGGCGGACAGAGUUCUGAAGAAUUUGGGCCUUCGGGCGUGGCAAAUGGAGGGGAAGAAACUGAUUAUGAUGUGGGUAAUGGGCUUUCUCUUUUGAAAGGAGACGUGUUAAUGGCUGAUGAUGAGGAUGAUUCCAAGUUUCAAUCCAUGACAGAAAAGGGAAUAAGACAUCUUUGCCUCGAGCUAUUGGACCUGAAGAAAGCAUCAACUGAAGAAUUACGAAGAAAUGUCUAUUCAAAUCAUUCGGAAUUUCUUAGAAUAUUUCAAGAAGUAACAGAUUUAGAACGUGAACUAAUGGAACUGAAAAUGCAUAUUUCUCAACAAGGGAUUCUUGUACGUGAUAUGAAGGAUAGUAUUUCUCUUGAGUCAUUAUCAAGUAAUUCAUGGACUGAUAUGUCUCCAAGGUCUGUAUAUCUCGACCAUGAACCUUCAAGUGAACUAGCGCACCACAUCUACCAUCUUACGGAUAUUUUAGGUGUUCUUUUGUCUGAACAUAAAGAAGAGGAAGCAUUGUCUGUCCUAGAAGCAGAGGAGAGAUAUUUUCUAGAGGUUCAGAAAGAAGAAAACAUUUCAUCUUCACUGCUAGCAUUAUAUGAAUCUAUUCUUUCUAAGUGGAAGGGCAGGCUUGCAGAACAGUUUGUUCAAAUUGUUAAACAACCCAGGAUUCGUAGUAGUGAACUACAAAAGAUAUUGUCUGGCCUUUGUAGACUUGGAGAUGGUCCUCAUGCACAUACUCUAUUGCUCAACUCCUAUCACUUGCGCCUUCAGACCAAGAUUCAAAAUGUGUUACCUUCUUGUGGAAUAUACUCUGCAAAUUAUGUGACAACUCUGGCACGAAUCGUAUUUUCUACCAUUUCAUUGGCUGCUAAACAUUCUGUGGAAAUAUUUGGUGAAGCAUCUGCAUGCACAUCAGAGCUUGUUUUGUGGGCACAUAAGGAAACAGAUAACUUUGUCGAAUUAGUUAAGAAACAUGUCUUAUCCUUCAAAGAGAGAGCAGGUUGGUUUCAAUCUGCUGUUGAAUGGGUGCAAGUGGCAGUAGGACAUUGUAGCUUGCUGGAAGGUCAGGGAAUAGCAUUGUGUCCUUAUCUCCUAAAGCUCAUAAAACCAUUUAUGGAAGAGGUUUUAGCUGUAAACAUAAAACGGAUUGAGAUAAAUGUUAGCAUUGCUGCUGCAAAUGAUGAUUGGUUGGUUACUUCUUCACAUGUUCUAAAUCUUUUCGUGGACAAGCAUUCCAACUUGUCAAAUAUUGCUGGUGACUUGGCGACCCAGUGUAGAUUGACUAGCAGUGCACACAAAUUUAUUUCCAUGGUCCAGGAUAUUUUGGAAGACUUGGCUCCAUUAAUAAAUUUGCAAAUUGGACAAAGCAUCGUAGAUAGCAUUACUGUUCUUUUUAAUAAGUAUAUUGACAUUCUUGCAAGAGCUAUGCCAUGUCUAUCAGGGGAUGAGUUAAAUAUAGGAUGCAGUUUUGACUCCAAACUGAACCCAGCUAAAACAGAAUCUCAACAACUUGCUCUCCUGGCAAAUGCCACAGCACUUGCUGAUGAACUUCUGCCACGUUAUGUCUCAAAGUUUUCAAUUCUAAAAGGUGGAAACCUAGAUUGUCCAAGCAAGGGAAAUCAUAUGAUACUGAUAAGAAAUGCAUCACAUCUAAUAGAAUGUAAGGAUUGGAGAUGUCAUCUCCAACAUUCAGUAGACAAACUUAGAGAUCAGUUUUGUCAGCAAUAUGUCCUGAAUCAAAUUUAUUCAACACAAGGUGAUACACGGCUAACUGCACUAAGGUACCUCAAUGAUAAAAGUAAGGAUCUAUUCUUGGACCAAAAUCCAAUGCCAUCUUCUCCUUUCCAGGCAUGGUUUCUGAAAUUGACUCAGCUAGGUCAACUUUCUGCUGAUAUAUUAGAUGGAAGAGAUAGAGCCACAUCACAAUUACUUAUGAGACUAACAGAGACAUUUGUUAUUUGGUUAUCAUCUGAUCAAGAGUUCUGGGAUGCGAUGGAGCACAGUUCACCACCUCUCAGUCCCUUUGGACUGCAGCAAUUUGUUUUAGAUAUGCACUUUCUAGUUGAGAGUGCGAUAAAUGGACAUUAUUUCUCUCGGCACUUCCAACAGAUGGUGUUGAAAAUCAAACAGCGUGCUGUGACUGCAUUCUCUGCAACAUCUGGAAAGGACCCCAAAAGUUGCUUGCCAAAGGAUGCAUGGUUUUCAAAAACUUCUCGGGAAGCAAUCAAUGAACUUCUAACAAGACAGGCUGAGACUUCUUUCAAAACGGAGGACUCAGAAUCUCAAGAAAAGCUUGACAACCUUGGUAUCCAAGAAUUUAAGGAACAGAAUGAUCAUGAGAAUAUGCUUAUCCAAGAACCUGAUUUGAUACUCUCUAGUAGUCCUUCAAGUUUGAGAUCUGAAGGUUCUUCUGAGUGAGUGGCUUUUACAGCAACCAGUACUCAGUAUUUUAAAGACCACAUCUUUUGUAAAACUGCAGUGAGUUGAGCUAUCGUCUGGAUGGUUUCUUGGAGGAAAUGUUUGUAAGAGUGAAAUGUAACGGAAAAGUGGCAAAAUCUAUAAUUUUGUGCAUAUAGACAUUCUUUUCAUAAUCAAUAAAAAAUGUGUUUCCAUUUUAAAACAAUAAAUACAAAAAAAGGAUAAGUUCUAAUUAUAUUGGCUAUAUUAGGUCAUCUAUAUAUAUCAUACGUUGAUAAAUCAAUGCAGCAAUGUCU